AUGGCCCAUACCGCUCUUUCAGUGGAAGCGAGGCCACUGGCGGAUGGGCUCAUAAGCUAUCAAGAGCCUCAUCAUCUGCCAGUGGGCACCUACUUUGCCCUCAGUCCACCAGUUGAGACUCGAAUCUGGGAAGAUGUGAGGCUCCAACAACAGUGUUUGCCUGCACCAGCUCACAGGCAAUUUGUGCGACAAGCUGCAUACAGCGGCGGCCAUAAAGGACGAGGCAUCGGACAAGAAACUUGGAACAUAUGGAAGCACGACGUAUAUGACCGGUACAUCAUAAGAGAUCAGACGCUGAAACAGAUCAUGGAUCACUAUAAAAGACAGAAAGAGUUCCAUGGAACUCAGAAACAAUGGAAGGACCAGCUGGGGAAAUGGCAAUUCCGCAAGCGAUUGAACUCCGAAGAUGCGGCGUACAUAUGCCAUCAGCUCCGCCGUGGCGAAAGCGACGGCAGGCCAAGACAGGUUCUCUUCAAUGGUCAGCCAAAAACCAUGGACGACAUAUAUGCGUACAUACGAAAGUCCACCAAGGUCAAAAGCGAAGCUGAGCUGAUGGAGUGCUUAAACAUCGAUCAGCCACCUCCACAUAUUGUUUGCGAGGAUCUCGUGCCUAGCGGAGCGGAAGACCUGCGUUCCGCCGGUGCCACAACGAUAUCGCCAGUCGUAAUCCCCGUGCACGUUUCGCCCUUACAUUCUGGCGACCAAGAGAGCAGCAAACCACGGAUAUCUGAAGAGUCUUUCACGCACAUCACAGCUCCUGACCUGGAUGACUUCCGCGCACCAUCCUCGGGAACAUCCAGAAGCGAAGAGAAUGGAAUAGCGUCAGAAGAGGUAAUCAGCGACUCAGACUCCGAGUUUCAUGUGCCACAGAUAUACUCAGAAUGCGGAGAUGGUGUGCUUGAGAUGUCUUCCCAAGAGAGCAUACCAAGGAUGGCUGCACUCAUAUCCAAUUCUCCAAUUCAGACCGACGCAGAUCCAGCAAGUAUAGAGGUUGAGAUAGAUGAGUGGCUCGGAAAGUCCACAAGAGAUACCAUCGGUGACGAUGAAGCAUCACGACAGCGAGCCUUCAAGUUUUUACGGCACUGCUGUGCUGUUGCGAUCCACACCGGCCAGACCAGUAAGAUCUUCACCGAGUAUGCCCAACGCGCAUCCAUACAGGCAGUCGCAGUGUUUGGCGACAUUUUCCGACUCCAUCCAUGGGACGGUGUGAGCGUGCUGAACCACAUGGUGGCACUGUUGAGCAUUUACGGACAUGAAUUUGUCCCUGCAGAUAUACUCAGAAACAUCAGAAACGACCUGCACAACACAAUUCGAAACCGCAGUUCGCUUGAUCAGCAGGCACCAUACGUCUCGGUGAUCCUAUCGACUUUGGACUUCUUUUCGCAGAUCCCGUACUCGAAGCAAAUUGAGCCGUCGUAUAGACUGACCGACUUAGCGGAAAUGGUGGAUUCUGCGAAGAAAGCCUUCACCCCAGGAACGCAUGACCAGUUCUGGCUCUCAACGACGUACCUGCAUGCUUGGGCGUUGCUUGAGAUGCGAGAAAACAAUGAAGCAUACAAGAUCCUUAGGGACCUGAGACCUGAGGUAGAAGAAGUAUUUGGUCGAUCCAAGUUUCAAACCAUCAAUUGGAUAGCCACUCUGGCUCGAGCUGAGUCGGCCAUCGGCAAGAAGACCGCGGCCAUGAACACGUAUAGGGAUCUUUUCGAAGCACGCAUUAGUCCCCAGUUCUCGGACAUGCACGCUCAGUAUUGGGAUGGACAAUAUCGUCUGGCCUGCUAUACCCGCAAACAUGUUGAUGCUGCCCGUUGGAGCGAGGAGCAGAAGCGCGUAGCAAGAAUGGAUAUCGCGGACAGGCUGCAAGCGACUUUGCGAUGGCGAGCAGAACAUCUGGGCCCUCACAACCCGGUCAGCCUGCAGAACGAGCGCGCACUGCGUAACGUGCUGAAAAAGCUCGGUCUCGUUGGCGAGGAUCCGACGUAUACCGAGAUCGUCAAGAAGAACUUGACCGGUCUUUAG